AGAAGGAGGGACAAAAAAAUGAGGAAUGGCCGGGCUGUGGAGGGCCUACCAGAGGCUGCUGGCUGCACAUCCAUGGAAAGUACAAAUCCUCACAGCGGGGUCCCUAAUGGGCGUCGGCGAUGUGAUUUCCCAGCAGCUGGUGGAAAGAAAGGGCCUGAAGGGCCACAGCAUUGAGAGGACUGUGAAAAUGAUGGGGAUUGGCUUCUGCUUCGUGGGCCCGGUGGUCGGUGGCUGGUACAAGAUUCUCGAUCGUAUUGUUCCGGGGAGCAGCAAAACGGUUGCACUGAAGAAGAUGCUUCUGGAUCAGGGCGCCUUCGCUCCUUGUUUCCUCGGCUGUUUCUUGUCCAUUGCCGGCGCUCUCAACGGCCUCUCUGGGGAGCAGAUCUGGGGGAAGCUGAAGAGGGACUACACGGAUGCGCUGAUAACCAAUUAUUAUAUCUGGCCGGCUGUGCAGGUUGCCAACUUUUAUUUCAUCCCAUUGUAUCACAGGUUGGCCGUUGUACAGUGCGUUGCCGUAAUCUGGAAUUCCUACCUGUCCUGGAAAGCCAAUCAGUCCUGAGUGUGUGUCUGGGGCCCAAUAACAGGGACAUUCUGUGCCUUAUAGUAACGGACUGAUUGUAUCUCAGGUCGGCCCAGUGGUACCUCCUGCCUGGGAAUUGCUACCUUCCCCCACUUGCAAUAAAGGCUUUGUAUGUGUG